AUGUUUAAUGGUAAUAUUUUGAUUUCUGGAAAGUGGUAUGGAAAUCUUUUGUUAUAUUCAAUCGAUGUUAACUCUUUCUCGACAAUUCCUUAUGAGUUUAUUGAAGGAAGAAGAAAGAUCCUGAUAAAUGCAAGUAGAGUUUAUUUGAUUGAAUGCGAUAAAAACGGGAAAAUGUAUGAAAGUGAAGUUGGAAGUUGCAUGAAUUGGAGACCAAUAGGAAAAACAACAAAAAUCAACUAUAUAGUUGAUUGAAUGUAUUGCUCAUAUAAUAAAGGAGGAAUAUACUUUUGAAUUGAGGGAUAUCACUGUUACAAAUUUGAUUUGAAUGAAAAGAGAAUGAUUGAAUUAAAAUAG